AUGACGACCUUGAACAACAGCAAUCCCACUCAACUUGAACGACGACCUAGUGUCCAUCGUACCCUGAUUGCUUCUAGAACAGUAGCCGAUGUCCUUGCGAGUGUCAAGCCGCCAAGAACCCGAGAACUUGUCGAACUGCCCUCAACGGCAACGAUGGAAGAAGCCUUUGAUGUCCUUUUAGCGCAUGACAUUCUUUCGGUUCCCGUAUACCAACAACUGGAUGGCAACAAGAAAUACUUGACCAUUGUCAGUGUUUUGGAUCUGCUAAAGCUACUCAGCGGCGAUGCCGGGGAACGUCAGGUGCUUCUUAAGCCGCUGAGUGAUGCUAUUGGAUUGACCCAAGAAAGCUCCAAGCUGGUGACCGUGCGACCUGCCGAUACGCUUGAAUAUGUAAUGCAACUCUUGAGCCAACAUGGUAGCCAUCGUGUGCUUGUUCAAGCUGAGGAUCAAUCACCCGUGUUGCUCUCACAAAUGGACGUUGCACGUUAUUUGCAAGCUCACAACCAUGAACUCGGCAAGAUCCUUGACUUGACAACCCCCACCAUUGUGGAGCAUGCACGUAUUCGACGUGGGAGUCCACCUACAGGUGAUGUCGCCAGUAUCACCUACCGCAUGACUGCCAUGGAAGCCUUUCUCAAGCUUGCUCAUUCAUCCCUCGGUGCCCUUGCCAUCGAAACGGAUGAUGAUGAACACCUUCUUGUUGGUGAAGUAAGCCCUGAACAAUUACGAGGAUUGAAUCGAGAACGAUUUGAUGCGUUGCACAAGCCCGUUGUCAUGUACUUGAAGAGUCGCUCUGGAGACGAGUUGCAACCCCCAUUGACAUGCCAUGAUCGAUUCACCUUGUCUCAAAUCAUGACAGCCUUUGUCCUUCGUAAAGCACAUCGUCUUUGGUGGUGUGAUGAUGAAGGCCAUCCCAAGGGUGUGAUCACUUUGACUGAUUUGAUCGGGACAUUUUUGGAUCAAGUCGUUUGA